CUGUAGUGCUAUAACUUGCUUUACGGGCAGGGCAAUGCGUUGGAGUCAUUAGAAAAUGGAGCUAUCGAUCAAACUACUGUGAUCGGUCUCAACGAUGGCGUCAAUGCGAGUCUGAAAGGGACCCUACAAAUAGCCAGCAAUUGGAACACGCGGGCGGGAACCGUGGAUGGGAUCAAGCGCCGACCGUGGAUGGAGAGGAGAUUAGGAACCUCGGGAUAAACCUCCCCUCAUCAUUAGAUUGUACAUCCCGCAGGAGGCUGGAAGGGGCGGAGGGGGGCAGGACAGGAUGAUUAUUCCAGUAGAUACCAGAUAGUCAGUCAGUCACUGUUCUACUGUAGAUACGGAAGAGUGAGUCGUGAGUAAAGUUUGGAGAGCUGAAGCACUUCAGUGGACUGUAAACAUGGCCCCAAUCCGGCAUGGCGCGUUCGAAAGGCAUUCGAGAAGAGACGCCCGAAGGACAGCCAAUCUGGACUUCGACGCCCGCGUCCCCAUCCCCUUCAGUGUCUUCCCGUCGUCGUACCGGAGUGACGCUGUUCCUGAAGCUACUCUCGCGGCGCCUGCCAGAGUAGAGGAAGAAGUCAAUCUCGAUCGCACUUCGCACGUCGAACGGGAAGAUACUCGAACCUCUGCUCCUCUCCCAGACCCCCGUGUCUACGGAAAGGAAGAAGUCGACCUUCACGCUUCUUCUGCUUCAGCUUUUGUCGAACAGGAUCGUUACGGUCCUAGACCCGGUGCUCCCUCUGCUUUCCGUGAGGAGGACGUGACUACUACCGUCAAUACUGUUCGAUUCGACGAGCGUGUUGAGACUAUCCCCCCCGUUGGUGCUGCUGCUUCCUCUGCUGCUCCUCGGUAUCCCCAAGUUGAUCUAGCGCGUGAACGUUAUCGUGAACCGUCGGUCCGUUUCCAAGACCGUCAACCCACCUACGAUCAGGCUCUCCAGAACCAGCUUGACAUCACUGAGCGCGAGUAUCGUCGUCGGGUCAAUAACCCUACCUACGACGUUCCUGCCUCUUCGUACGACCGCCGCUCUCAAGCCUCGGUAGAAUCCUUCUCUGGUCCUCGCCAGCAGUCUAGGGACGUUUCGUACGACCGCCAGUUCAAGCAGUCCGAGUUUGACGUCUCGUACGACCGUGCUUACCAGUCUAAGCCUGUCGACUCCUACCCCCGCGACCCCUACAGCCGCCGUCAACAGAACGUUGAGCCGGUUCCCGAGUCUCCUAGCAGCUCGAACUCUGUGAAGGUUCUUAAGACCAAGACUGUCAUUGAUUCCCCUCCUUCUCGCAAGAUGGGUUACUACGACGACGACGGUAACUAUCACUCCUUCCGUCGUGGUGUGGAGCGCGCUGCCGACCGCAUCAUGCACCCUCACGGUCACCACGACCGCCAGGACGUAGUCGUCGCUGACGAAGGCGGUCCAGUUCGUUUCCGUGAAGGCGUCCGCGAGGAUGUCCGUAUCGUUGAGCCCCGUGCCGGUGGCAGCUCCUCGACCGCCGAGACCGUGCCGAUCCCCUGCCACUUCAUCCGCAUCGGCGACAUCCUGAUCCUUCAGGGCCGUCCCUGCCAGGUGAUCCGCAUCUCGGUCUCCCCCCAGACCGGCCAGCACCGCUACCUGGGUGUCGACCUGUUCACCCGUGAACUCCAGGAGGAGUCCAGCUUCGUCUCCAACCCCUCUCCUUCCGUCGUGGUCCAGACCAUGCUCGGCCCUGUCUACAAGACCUACCGCAUCCUGGACCUCCGUGAUGACGGCCGCCUGGUCGCCAUGACCGAGACCGGUGAUGUCAAGCAGGGUCUGCCCGUGGUGCCCCAGGGUCACCUGUUCCGCCGCAUCCGCGAGGCCUUCGAGGAUGGCCGUGGCAGCGUCCGCGCCCUGGUCAUCAACGAUGGUGGUCGCGAGCUGGUCGUCGACUACAAGGUGGUCCACGCUUCCCGCCUGUAAGCCCACAACAUCCACCUUCCCCAUUCGGUUUAGCUCCCGUGUUGUACCCGCUGGUUUGUUCCGCCGGGUAUGAUCCACGGGAUACCUUCCCGAAUAAGGUUGCCGGGCAACUGGGUGAGAAACUCUUCUCGACGAUCCUUAUGACAUGACCUGACCUCGAGCUUUUUGUAUCUGAUGGAUUAUGCAAUGAUGGAAUGGCCUCUUGAAAAUGAUGUAUUGGCAUGGCCUUGUUGUACUUAGGAUAAUGGAUGUAGCUUAUGCUGUUUGUAUACAUGAUUUCAGUAAGCUUAAUGUAGUUGACACAUUCCGCUGCAGCUUAACUUCUGUCUCAAACAUUCCAGAGCAGAAAGUAACUUCCACUCAAAGACUGUGAUUCCCUUUAUCCUCUUUGUCUUCAAUCCCAUGAUGCCAAAUUACACCCCGGUCACUCCAUGUACCCUCCUACAGCUUAUGUAUUGUACGUCC